AUGGCCCCCUGGCACCAGGACCAGUACCAGCUACGCGCCGCCGAUCAUGAGACAGGGUCGAAACUCUAUGAGGGAGAGGAUGAGAGGAUCCGAGCUCUGUUGCUAGACCCAGCACCACUGGUCCUGGGGAAGCAGUCUCUUGACCUGCGCGCCGCAGAUAGCACCAGUAAUAAAAAUUCCAUCCUUGUCCAUACAUCUCUCGCCUCUACGCGCACACAGUCCCCCACUUCCACCGUCGAAACAGUGAGCCUCGUUGACACCGGCAGCUCGGCCUAUGCCUUUGCAGACGACCAGAGCAUUGCUAUCAAGUAUGGAGCGCAAAAGAAGCGCCUAGUCCAACCGAAACCGCUCCGCCUCGCAGACGGAGUACCUUCCAGUUUCGUGACUCACUACUUCGUGUCACGGAUGACUAUUGGUAGUCACAGCGAGGUCGCGCUGUUUUACGUUACGACACUUUCCCCACGAACCCCCAUCAUUCUGGGCCUACCAUGGCUCCAAAAACAUAACCCAACCUUGGAUUUCGUGAACCUCGGUGUGGUCUUCACAUCGGAAUAUUGCUCGCACCACUGUAUCAACUGGACUACACCCCCCGAGGAACACUCCGCCCCCAUCGGCCGAUCCACGAUCCCGACAGUCAAAUAUCACCAACCCACAGUCGAAGACGCCGAAGACGACAAGCAUACACUCCUCCAAACCGACUUUCCGGAGUCACUAGCCACAAAACCUCGCCGCCGAGUCCACUGGGCCACGGACACAGAAAUCAUACCGAGCCCAGUGUAUGUGGAUACACCACCACAGCCAACACCGGCCCCGCCGCCCCAGCCGCCCCCACCGCAGCCUUUCGAGUUACGUGAAGGGCCUGUGCGACACCCGACCCACCGUUUGAUGCCGUUCGCCAGACCGGGCGCCCUGAAGACGGCUACCCCAUCGGCAGGCCCCGAGAGCAGAGCAAUGGAAACAUUCCCCCCAGCUCGUCCAACCUCACACCCCCUACCUGCGCGCCUCGUGCACGGCCACCGACUCUCACCCGCUCGUUAUAGCCGGCCGAGUCGUGUCAGCCAGCCAGACACGCAGCCAGUAGAGCGCCCCAAUACUGACGACAUCCGCUGCGUCCGCGGCCUGAAUUUCGCUCAGUUCUGCAAAGAGAAAGGCGUCCAGGUCAUGAGGAUCCAUAUGACUGAACUGAACAGAGUGUUUGAUCAAGAAGAGAACCAGCAAGCUUUCUCCGAGCUCCCCAUGAACGCAAUCGAGUUGCCACGACUCUCCGAGACAGCCUAUCGCCGUCUCGUCGAGGGAGACUACACACUGGACGAGGCGAGGAAAGUGAUGCCCGAAUAUUUUCACGAUUUUUUGAAACAGAACCUAGGCUCCGGCUCGGAACUCCUCCGCCGCAAGAUUGUCGACGAGGAUGUCCAAAAAUUUCUAAAGAGCAAGGCACCGGUCACCCGAGAGGAUGUUUUGAAACAGCUCCCAUCAGAGUUCCACCACCAUGUCGAACACUUUCUUACGAAGAACUCCGAAUCGCUCCCGCCCCACCGACCCUGGGACCACAAGAUUGAGAUCAUGCCUGGCAAGCAAGCCCCAUACUUCAAGAACCGGCCAUUUUCGCCAGCCGAGCUCCGUUGCGUCAAGAAAUGGAUUGAUGAGAUGCUCGACAAGGGUUUUAUUCGCGAGUCAACCUCCCCAGCAGCGGCGCCGCUCCUCCUGGCCGCCAAACCCGGCGGCGGCGUACGCAUUUGCCACGACUACCGAGGCCUCAAUGAGGUGACAAUCAAGAACAGGUACCCAUUACCACUGAUCCGCGAGACCCUAGACGCACUCUGUGGUGCCAAGUUCUACACGAAACUCGACGUUAUUGCUGCCUUCAACCGCAUCCGUGUGGCCGAAGGCCAUGAAUGGCUCACAGCUUUCAUCACCCGUUUCGGCCUUUUCGAAAUGCUCGUCACACCAUUCGGCCUCUGUAAUGCACCAGCUACGUUCCAGAACUACAUCAACCACGUGCUCCACGACGCCCUGGACAUCUACUGCACAGCUUACCUAGACGAUGUUCUCGUUUUCUCCAAGACUCGAGCCGAGCACACCCGCCAUGUCGAUGAAGUCAUCCGGCGCCUAGGCACUGCAGGCCUGCAGAUCGACAUCAACAAGUCGGAAUUCUACACGACAAAGACCAAAUACCUUGGCCUGAUCAUUUCGACAAACGGGAUGACGAUGGACCCUGACAAAGUUGAAGCAAUCCAAGUCUGGAGGGACCCAACCUCGGUGAAGGAGCUCCAACAGUUUCUAGGCUUCGCUAACUUUUACCGACGCUUCAUUGAGGGAUACUCUUCGGUAAUAGAGCCGAUGACUCGCCUUUUGAAGAAAAGCGUCGCCUGGGCCUGGGGCCCAGACCAAGCAGCAGCAUUCGUGAAGCUCAAGACAGCAUUUUCCACAGCACCAGUCCUCGCCUACUACGACUACACUAAGAAGACAGUGGUCGAGACGGACGCCUCAAACUGGGCAUCCGGCGGAGUCCUUUAUCAGAAAGACGAUGAACUGCAAGGAACCGAGGAGGCCUUCGAAAUCGUCACGGAUCACAAGAACCUCCAGACCUUUAUGACGACCAAGCAGUUGAACCAGCGUCAAGUCCGUUGGGCCGAGUUCUUGUCUCAAUUCAAUUUCGUCAUCACCUACCGCCCUGGAGCCAAGGCCACGAUCCCUGAUGCGCUUAGCAGACUCCCAGGCGUGAAACCCGCCGGCGCCGACGACGAGCGCUUGAAACACCGCGAACAAGUGAUGCUCCCGCCCGAGAAGGUCGACCCGUCUAUCCUGAGAGAACUACUCGGUUCAGCGCGCCGGGAAGGCGACGUGGAAUUCAUUGCCACCAUGGACCCCGAACCGGAACAGAAGUCAAUUGACGAGCUGAUUCGCCAGGGCUACACCGAAGACUCACUGGCGCAACAGAUGCUCGCCGCGCUGCGAGAGCGAGGCGAGCGCAACAAAGAUCGCACCACACGCCGCUGGCCCAAGGCAAUCCGAAAACUCCUCCGCUGCGACAAGUCCGAAUGCUCGAUUGUGGACGGCUUAAUCUAUUUUCGAAAUCGGCUGUUCGUCCCUGACGCGCCCGAGCUGCGACUUGAAGUAGUACAUCGCACCCACAGCAGCGGCCCAGCCGGUCACCCAGGCCGAGUCAAGACCUUGGAUUUGCUGAAUCGCACCUACUGGUGGCCUGGGAUCUCACAGUUUACCGCCACGUUUGUACGCGACUGCGCUCUCUGUUUCCGAACGAAAACGCCCCGCUCUGCGCCCCCCGGUUUCCUCAAGCCCUUAGAACUCCCAGCCCGGCCGUGGACGGAUAUUUCCAUAGACCACGUGGUUGACUUGCCCGAAUGCAAGCGCAACGGCAGGAGUUACCGCCACAUUUUCGCUGUAGUCGAUAGGCUCACAAAGAUGCGGCAUUUGGUUGCAGUCACUUCGCUCGACACAGACGAGCUGGUUGAAGUCUUCCUACAUCAUGUUUACCGCCUGCAUGGCGCCCCAGAGACUAUCAUUUCUGACCGCGGUUCAUCCUUCGUCUCCGAAUUCUGGCGCCGAUUCAGCCACCGCCUCAAUACCGCCCUUCGCCCAAGCUCAGCCUUCCACCCCGAGACGGACGGCCAGACGGAGAUCAUUAACGCAGCUAUGAACAAGUACCUCCGCGGUUAUGUCAGCUUUACUCAAGACGACUGGGUGGACUGGCUCCCUCUCGCCGAAUUCGCCGCCAACAACCAAGUCAAUGAGACUAUAGGAGUCUCGCCUUUUUUCGCGAAUUAUGGCUUCAACCCGCGCCUCGGCAUUGAACCCCUGGGGCCCGUGCCAUCUGCAGUCCCAGCCCACGCUAAGAAGGAAUUUCUCCGUGCGGAUGCCAUCGCUGGACGGUUCGAACGCAUCCUCACUCAACUUAAAGCUCUAGCCAAGAUGUCGCAGCAACGAUAUGAGGACAGUGCCAACAGGAAACGAGACGAGAGCGAGACGUUUAAGGUCAACGACAUGGUCAUGGUGAGCUUGGAGAAUAUGAAGACCAACAGGCCUAAAAAGAAGUGGGAUGACAACUGGGACGGACCGUUCCCUGUGCUGGCCGUCUACAAGGGCGCCGUUGUCAUCGACCUGCCCGACCACAUCCGCGUUAACAAGAGUUUCCACACCUCGAAAGUCCGCCUCUGGCAACCUGAAGAAAUCCCUGGCCAAGCCGAGCUCAACGCCGCGGAGCGCCGCAACAUCACUGGCCGUAUCGCUCAGCGAGAUGACGACGGAAACAUCGAGGACAGAUGGCAGUUCGAGCGCAUCCUAGACGUCCACGAUGAAGAUAUCCAGGAACAUGGUCUGACUUACCAGAUCAAGUGGAAAUACCAUGAUGAACCAACAUGGGAGCCCGAGGAAUGCCUGAAAGGCUGCGACCGCGCCCUCUUGGAGUUUCAUGAGCUGAACCCCGAUAAACCCGGCCCCCCCGGCCAUGGGUGGAGAAGCCCCCCCGCGCCAAAACGGCCACGACGGAGACUACGAAAAACAUAA